AUGCGCAGCCUAGUGCGCUACUUCAUAGACAAGACCCUGCCCUGCGUCGACACGCUGGUUGUGAGCCACCUGCGCCAGGAGACCGGCCCGUACGCGCCCCUUCACGACGUCAGCCUGUGCAUGCACCGGCGCGAGUGCCUCGCCUUGCUAGGGCCUACGGGCUCAGGUCGGUCCCUCCUGCUGCGUGUGCUCACCGCACAGCUGCCCCUGUCGGACGGCAACGCUCACUUACUUGGUGCCGACCUCUUCACUCAUCCGACCGAGUUCGUCCGGGCGCUGGGCUACGCGUCCGAAGGGCGCAACGCCGUGGGCUGGCUGACGGGCCGACAGCUGCUGCAUCACGUAGCCCGCAUGCGUCGCGUGCCCUCACAGGGCGUGAAGGCUGUGGUCGAGCAGCUGCUUCGCAUGCUGGACCUGGUGGAGCAGGCUGAGCGUUACGUGGCCGUGUACAGCGGCGGGGAGCGCGCCAAACUGGCCGUCGCGCUGGCCUUGGUGGGUGCGCCGCCCGUCGUGCUGCUGGACAAGCCGACCGAUGGGCUCGACCCCGUGUCUCGGCGCCGCGUCUGGCACACCAUCAUAACCUUCAUCAAAAAGACGCACAUGUCUGUCUUACUGGCCACCGACGAGUGAGUGAGUCUAUCCGUUCAGGCGCGGACCCACGAGAGGUUGUGGAUUGUAGGGGCGCAGCUUUAAUCCUGCUACCGCCAAUUUAUCUAAAGACGUUCAACUGAUUUGUGGUCAGCGUGCUUUCCAGCCAACUAUUAUGCUUCCUAUAUGCAUUAAGCUCGAUAGAGUCCGCUGGACGGGGAGAGGAGAUACUGUCACUAGAAAUGCAGACUCCUGUCAUCCAUGUAACUAGGCGCUUUUACCUUAUCGUGAGGGAUGUCAAUCCCGUCAUAAAAAAAAAAAGAAAACUACAUCUGGCUCUUUUCCUCCUCUGUAGUGGUUCAGCAGUAUUUAGUGGUCCCCACGGGAAAAACUAACAUGCCCUUUUUUAUAGGCAGGCUAUUGCAGUCGGUAUUACUAGUGAAAAGACAUGGCUGCAUGUUUCGGUCAUACU